AUGCCCCCCCUCAAACCCCCCAUCUCCCUCCCCUUCCCCCCCAUCCCCCCCAACAGCACCACCCCCCUCGCCCCCUUCCCCUGGUACUUUUCCGCCCUCCCGCCCGCACCACCCAACAAUGUCGACGGCGGCAACGGUGCCAACGGUGCUAACGGUGCCAACGACGCCAACGACGCGGCAAGAAUUGAUAGCAUUCUCAAUGGCGGCAAAUCCAACACGCCCUCCCCCCAGCCGACUAGUCCGUCGCAUAGUCCCCUUCCUAAAGCCAAAGCCAAAGCCGAAGCUAAAGCUGAAGGCACGGCCACGGACCCGUACCGCGCUGGCGACCGCCGGCCCCGUGGUGACGAUGCAGAUGACGACGAGGAGGCGGCGAUCGGCACGCCAGCGCCCAAGAAGAAGCGCGUGGGCAAUGCUGAUGUAGAGAUGGUUGACGCUGACGCCGUUCCUCUGCCCCUUCACAACCACAACACCGCCAACACCAACACGCCCUCACCCUUAUCCGCAGCACCCGGCGCGUCCAGCGCGCACACACACACACAUCCACUUAGCCAGCGGGUGCUGCUGCCGCUCCCGCCCUCGCGCAUCCCGCUGACGCUGCCGCGGCGACGCCUGCCGGCAAGAGCGCCGUUCUAUGCGCCUCGUGCGCGAGGGCAGGAGACAGUGCAGGCAGUGGAAGAGCGCAAGGCGUUCGUUCCGCCGCCGACGCCGGUGGGUGCCCGCCACGGUACGCACCCGGCGCGUCCUUCCCGCCCGGGACCGCGACCGCAGAACGCCGGCGCAGCAGACGGCGCGCACGCGCGUUCUGGUACAUCCCCUCCCCCGCAGCGCGCGCGCUGGGCCUGCGCUGCGGAUGUGGGCGAGGCGUGUGCGGCGAGGGCGUCGUGGUGCAUGCGCGUGUGAGUGGGGAGCUGGAGGGAUGGAAGGGGUGGGUGGCGAGGAGGGGAGGGGGGG